GAAACCACACAUGGUGAAAUUACAAAUGGAAAACAUCGUUUGCAGAAGCACGGUCGUGUAUUUAAUGUAAUCUGGAUCUUGCGAUUCGAUGUAACUGGAAACUUUACCGCAGAACAAUGGAGAAUCUUAAAAAAGCGCAUCCCCGAAAGAGGUAUGUUGAGGCUUUCUUCAUUUUGUCCUCCCUGCUGCAGUCCGCAUCCUCCGUUACUCAUUAUUCUAUUCCCGAGGAAAUGGAGAUAGGCUCUGUUGUUGCAAAUUUAGCUGCUGAUUUGAACCUUGACGUAAAUACACUGAGCAGAAGGAAGAUGCGACUGGAUAACAUCGCAAACAAAAAGUACCUCGAUAUCAACAAAGAGACUGGAGAAUUGUUCAUAUUUGAGAGAAUUGAUAGAGAAUACCUUUGCAUUUCAAAAUCGGCAACAACAUGUGUGUUGAAGCUGGAUGCAACCAUUGAAAAUCCUAUUCGAAUAUUUAACAUUGAAGUAGAAAUACUAGACAUUAACGACAAUGCCCCACAUUUCCGUAGAGAUACAACUCAUUUGGACAUAUCUGAAUCCACACCAGUCGGUGAGCGAUUCUCUUUGAACAAUGCUGUGGAUCCCGACGUUGGGUCGAAUUCAAUCAAAACGUAUUAUCUUAGUGAGAGCGAACAUUUCAACAUUGAAAUACAAACCGGGCGAGAUGGAUCAAAAUUCACAGAUUUGAUCUUGAAAAAGUCAUUGGACAGAGAAGAGCAGAAUGUUCAUACUUUAAUACUCACUGCUGUGGACGGUGGGGUGCCCGCACGGUCCGGCACAGUCAGCAUUGUUGUACGAGUGUUGGAUACGAAUGACAACGCCCCCCAGUUUGACAAAGACGGUUACACAAUAGAACUGUCAGAGAACUCCCCUAUUGGAAGUCUUGUUGUAAAAUUAAAUGCAACUGAUUUAGAUGAAGGCUCGAACUCAGACAUCACUUAUCUGUUCAGUUUAUAUACAUCAGAGAAAACACAACAAACCUUCACUUUAAAUUCUGAUAACGGCGAGAUCAGAGUAAAGGAUAUGGUUAAUUACGAAGACUUUAAAAUCUAUGACAUGGAGAUAAUAGCAAGGGACAAAGGCACUAAUUAUUUAUCAGGACAAUGCAAAUUAACUAUAUUGAUUACUGAUAUGAAUGAUAAUCAUCCAGAAAUUUCAGUCAAGUCAUUCCAAAGUACAAUCAAGGAAAACAUUGAAGUAGACACCAUCAUUGCUGUUGUAAGUGUCAGCGAUAAGGAUUCUGGAAAUAACGGUGUUGUUGACAUUAGAAUUAAUGAUAAUUUGCCCUUUGCAUUAAGAGAAUCAUCAGACAACUAUUAUGAAUUAGUUGUAUCAAAGCCAUUAGAUCGAGAAAAGGUACCAGAAUAUGAUAUUACAUUUACCGUCACAGACAGGGGUACACCACAAUUAUCGGACAACGAGACCAUAACUGUAGAAUUGCUAGACGUUAAUGACAACGUUCCUCGGUUCAAUCAGACGUUUUACACUAUACCCGUUAUUGAGAAUAACGCACCAGGCGCACUGUUAGCUUCCCUUACGGCUUUAGAUCCAGAUCUGCACGAAAACCAAUACCUGGUUUAUUUCAUAAUAGAAAAGGAUAUAGUGAACACCUCCAUGUCCAUGCUAUUUUCUAUAAAUCCAGAGAAUGGCAACCUUUACGCACUGAAGACGUUUGAUUAUGAAAUAGAGAAAGAGUUUCUUUUCCACAUUGAGGCUAGGGACUCAGGCGUUCCUCCACUCAGCAGUAACGUCAUCGUUCAUAUCAUCAUAAUGGAUCAAAAUGAUAACACUCCAGUGAUCGUGUCUCCAUGGCGCGCGCACGGCACUGUGGUUGAGGAAAAGAUCCCCAGAAACACUGACAAAGGAUCUCUAGUGGCCAAAGUGAUUGCCAUUGACACGGACUCUGUGCACAACUCUCGUAUAUCAUAUCAGUUCCUAGUGAAUACUGAUACCACCUUAUUUAGUCUGGACCAAUACAACGGUGAGAUCCGAACCAUGAGAAUGUUCAGCUACAGAGAUGCGCGUUAUCAGCGCUUGAUUGUCAUAGCAAAAGACAAUGGCGAGCCCGCAUUAUCUGCUACAGUGACCAUCAAGCUCUCCACGGUGGAGACCGCUUUGAAAUCCUACUCUGACAUGACUGAAGUUCCACUGGAAUAUGACAUCUUUUCGGACUUGAAUCUUUAUCUGGUGAUUGGACUUGGUUCUGUAUCAUUCUUGUUACUGAUCACCAUACUGGUCACCAUCGUGCUGAAGUGCCAGAAACCAAAGCCAAGCAAAGCAGCUCCUCCCAGUAGGAACAGUGUGAUCAGUUCAGAGAGGAACUCUACCUUCGCAGAUUCUACUCUGGUCUCAAACGAUGCCUACUGGUACAGCAUGUUCUUAGCAGAGACAAGGAAAGGAAAGAUGGUAGUAAGACAGCCGGUGCCAAAGGGGGCGAGGUACGUCGUGUCCAGCUUACCAAGAGGCACUGGGCUCACCGAUACAAGCGAUUCGGCUGCUUCUACUCUUCAGGUAAGAGAAAGUUUCGACAUUGCAUAUUAACCUGACACA